UUAAGUUAAUCCUUCAUGAAGGCCGGCGCAUGGCCGGCCGCCGCCUCCGCGCCACUGUCCGCCGCCGUGCGCGCGGCCAUGCGCACGCUCGGCCACCUCCUUCCCCGCCCCCGAUCCUCCCCCUCCUCGGCCACCGCCGUCACGGCUACAGCCGCCUUCUCGUCCUCCCCGCACACCAUCCACGACUACAACCGCCUCCUGGAUGCUCUCGCCCGCGACGGCGACGGCGACGCGACGCUGCGGGUGAUCCGCCGCAUGCGCCACUCCUCCCCGGCAUGCGCGCCCACCGCCGUCUCCUACACCUCCGCCAUGGCGGCGCUCGCCAGGGCCGGCCGCCCCGCCGACGCCGCCACCCUCUUCGACGACAUGCUCGCCAACGGCGUCGCCCCCGACCGCACCGCCUUCUCCUUCCUCCUCCACAUCUACUCCUCCCACCUCCACCUCCCCUCGGCCGCGCACUCCGUACUCGUCUGGAUGUCCCGCCUCGGCCUUCACCCGACCGCCAUCGACUACGGGGAUCUGAUUUUCUCCUUCUGCCGCGCUGGCCGUCUCCCGGACGCUCUCCAGCUGCUCGACGAAAUGCGCACCCUCAAUUACCCGCUCACCCCGCACAUUUACGCACCGAUCCUCAAGGCAUACUGCGACAAUGCUGAUAUACAGGCAGCUGAAUCUCUCAUCAGCUCUAUGCGCUUCACUGCAUGCCACCCUGAUGUUGUCAUUUACAACAUCUACGUUCAUGGGCUAUGCAAGGUUGGGGAUUUCGAUGCUGUUCAAAGGGUCAUUGAUGAGAGUGGACAGAAUGGGUGGGUGCCAGAUGCAGUGACACAUAGCACCUACAUUGCUGGCCUUUGCCGGUCUGGAUGUGUCGAAGAGGCACUCCAGCAGCUGGAAAUCAUGGUAACAAAGGGGCUACAGUUGACAGUAGUCGGUCUGAACAUACUGCUGGACUAUGUUGCCCAGGAGCUUGAUAUGUGGGCAGGCAAGGAGGUGCUGGAGCGAUGCCAAGAGCUGGGCUUUGUGGUCGAUGUCGUGACAUACAAUACAGUAAUGGAUCAUUUCUGCAAGAAGAGCAAAUGGCUCCGUGUUCUGAAACUGUUCACAGAUCUUCUUAAGAAGCCCGUGGAACCCAAUGUGCAAACGUGCAACAUUUUUAUCUCAUGCUUGUGCCGAGCUGGAAAGUUUCAGUUUGCCAAGUUUGUGUUUAGCUGCAAGGGGUUCAUGGCAGAUACUGUGACUUGUAACAUUCUAAUUAAUGCAUUCUAUGAGGCCAGGAAGGAGGACGAGCUUGGUUUUUUGUUCACUGAUGUGAAUGCGGGUAAGAUUGUCCCAGAUAUGAUCACACACACCACACUGGUUGAUUGCCUCUUUAGGUCUGGGAGGAGAACCGAGGCUGUCAAUUUGAUCAGACAUACUGGUGAUGGCUACCUUGUAGAGCCUGUUGCACACUUGGCAUAUUGGUUGGUUAGGUGUGGAAAUGUUCGUGAAGUGUUGAGGCUGUUUGAUGAAAUGCUAGAAAAAGGAUUGGUAUUAGAUAGUAGAAUUUUUGCUAAUGUCAUCAAGGCAUUCUGCAGAAAGGGUCCAGGGGAAUGCACAGAGAUGUUGCAGCUGUGUUCUGUAUUAGACAGGAUGCUUGGAAUUAUGUGAUCCAUCUAUUUUAUGUGUUCAUAACUUGGAGUUUAUUUGAUUGGAGUUAAGGAAAAAAGAGGGAAAAUUUGAGAGUGCUCAUACGUCUGCUUUUUUUUUCCCCACUACUUUCAUGGUAGUGGCCUUAUUUGAACCUGUAGUAUUAGUGAAUAGCCAAUGAAGGUAAAUUUCCUGUUUGGUUUUGGCCUGCAAGGCUGAAAUUAUUUCUCAUUGACAUUCUAUGCUUUUAUAAUCUGUCAGCCAACACUUAUGUCUAUCAUGUGUAAUUUGAUUUAGAGAUAAUGUUCCAUUCUUAAUGUUUGGGAUCUGUCUGUUCAUAAAUUCUAUCCAGAUUAGUCUAUUAUUUGAUAAAGUCCUGAUAUUUUGUGA